AUGGAAAUUUGUUCUGGCUACAGGGAUCACUUGAGCAUCUUGUUUUUACUAAGAGCUUUGAAACCUGCUUCUAGAAGUGUAAGAAAAAUUGUUGUUUCUACCAACAUUGCUGAAGCUUCUCUUACUAUUAAUGGUAUUGCAUACAUUGUAGAUUGUUGCUUUGUCAAAUUGCGAUGCUUCAAUCCGCAUUCUUGCACUGAUUCCUUGGUGGUAGUUCCAGUGUCCAGGGCUUCUGCUGAGCAAAGAGCAGGUAGAGCUGGGAGACUGAGAUCAGGAAAAGCAUUCAGGCUGUGCACUGAAGAUGACUUUUUGAAACUCCCUGCAUUCACUGUUCCAGAAAUGCAAAGAAGUAAUUUAGCAUCCGUUAUUUUGCAACUAAAGGCUCUAGGGAUUGAAAAUAUAUUACGUUUCUCAUUCCCGUCUGCUCCUCCUUCAAAACAUGUCAUCACUGCCAUUGAGCUUUUGUAUGCUUUAGGAGCAUUAGAUGAAGAGGGAGGUUUAACAUCUCCAUUAGGUACCCAGAUGGCUGAGUUUCCUUUACAUCCAAUGUUUUCAAAAAUGAUUUUAAUUUCAGGUGAAUUUGGAUGCACUGAAGAAAUAUUAACAAUCACUGCAAUGCUCCAAGUACAAAAUGUCUUUGUAGCAUCACACGGAAGAAAACUAGAAGCAAAACGAAGUAAAUGGAAAUUUGCAGUUGAGGAAGGCGACUUAUUUACCCUACUUAAUAUUUAUAAUGCAUUUUUAAAGAAUAAUAAUAAGCACUGGUGUGGUCAAAAUUCAUUGAACUACAAGGGCUUAUUGAGAGCUAUGGAAAUCCGUAUGCAACUUUCUAAGCUACUUAAGAAAUUCAAAGUUCCUAAUGUUCCACAAAAAGGAGAUGAAGAUUCAUUGCGAAAAUGCAUUGUAAGUGCUUUCUUUGCAAAUGCAGCCUUCCUCCACUACACUGGCGUCUACAAAACUGUUAGAGGAGAGCAUGAACUCCAUAUACAUCCUGAUUCAGUGUUACUUCUGACAAAGCAACCAAAAUGGGUAGUGUUUAUUGAGGUUCUUCAUACAACAAAAGAAUAUAUGAGAGAUGUAACUGUUAUAGAACCGUCCUGGCUUUACGAGCUUGCACCCCACUAUUAUCAGUAUGGAACUGAUCGGGAAAUUGCAUCAAAAAGAUUAUCUAAAGAUAAGUAAAAUGCUGAAGGAAAACAACCACA